GGGGGAGGGCUCUGGCCGGGGGGCCGGGAGCAUCCCACCGCGCCUGCCAGGGCUCCGGGGUGGGGGGAAUCCGGCGGCAGCAGCGAGCCCCCGCCCCGCACGCCCUGCCAGCAUUCGGGACGGCAGCCGCCGGCGGGGCAUUGCCCUUUUAAGCUGUGGCCCCACUGCCUCCUCCCCGGCUCCCGGAGGGGCUCCGGCAGCCGCCGCGACCUCCCUCCCUCCCUCCCUCCCUCUCUCUCUCCUUCCCUCCUUGCCUCCUUCCCUCCCUCCCCGCCCGCUCGCUCCCGGCGGCGGCGAGCGGCAGCUGCGGGCCGGGGCGCGGAGAGCCCCAGGGAGGCGGCGGGGCCGUAACGAGCCGGGCUGCCCCUGCCCCGCUGCUCGGGGACCAUGGGAUGCUGCACCGGGCGCUGCACCCUGAUUUUCCUCUGCACUUUGCAGCUGCUUGCUGCAUUAGAGAGGCAAGUGUUCGAUUUCCUGGGAUACCAGUGGGCCCCUAUCCUAGCCAACUUCCUCCACAUCAUCAUCGUUAUCCUCGGCCUGUUUGGCACUAUUCAAUAUAGACCUCGUUACAUAGUGGUGUAUGCCAUCUGGACUGCAAUUUGGGUCACCUGGAACAUCUUCAUCAUCUGCUUUUACUUAGAAGUGGGAGGGCUCUCGAAGGACAGUGAACUCUUGACAUUCAACAUCUCCCGGCACCAGUCAUGGUGGAGUGAAAAUGGUCCUGGCUGUGUAAGGAAGGAGGCUUCAAUGUCUGGCAUCAAAGGGCUGGAUAGCCAUUCCUAUGUCUCUGUGAUAGGCUGCGCCCUGGAGUAUCGGUACAUCGAGGUCAUGCACAGCUCCUUCCAGAUCCUGAUUGCGCUGGUGGGCUUUGUCUAUGCCUGUUACGUUGUUAGUGUUUUUACAGAAGAAGAAGACAGCUUUGAUUUCAUUGGUGGAUUUGAUCCAUUUCCUCUCUACCAUGUCAAUGAAAAACCCACCAACCUUUUGUUCAAGCAGACAUACCUGCCUGCGUAAGUGAAGAGGAGCCAGAGGAUGGAUAAACCUUGCACUCUACCAUCAAAGGUGCUGCAGGAAACAAUCCCCUGUAGCCUGGAAUUUUGGCAGAGAAAAUGCAGGAUGGUGAACUCCAUUCCAUUUUUUGUUCCUUGUCUUUUCAAAUGCAAUGAAUGUACAUUGAAGAAUGGCCACACGGUUGGUUUUUAAUUCGCCAAGUGCCCUGAUGAACCAUUCCUACCAUAGUCUGGUGGUACCAGCCAAUAAACAGCACAGGCCUGAAGACCUCGGGCAGACCACGUUCACUGAGAGCCUCUCUCAAGAGAUACAGUUGAAGUUGGAGCUGCUUCCUUGUGCCAUGGAUCCAGAAAGAAGGAAGCACUGCAUAACACCCCGGGACAUUUCACAUGAUUUGUAGUUAGCCUCUUCCCCCUCUCCUUUCCCUUGUUCUGAAAAGGGCCUAAAUCCCCUAACACAACCUCAUCUCCUCCCUGCCUAUAUAGAACUAGGUGGGGGCUAUUUACAUUUGAAUUAUUUAGGCUUUUUUUCUUUUUUUUUUUUUUUUAAGUUAUAGAUGACAGCUCAUCCCUUCUUCCACCCCCCCUAUAUCCAGGACUCCCUUCCUCAUUCUUUAGACAUGGUCUGCACCUUAGCAGUAGGCAUUUGUCCUGGAUUUCAAUGUUCUGUGACCUAACUCCUAUAAUGCUGAACAGCUAAAAACUAGUACAAGCACCAAAUCUUUACUCAGCACAGACCUUAGCCCCAUUUCAACAUGCCCAGCUAUUCCCAGAGCAACUCUAGCUUACUCUGGGUUUGCCCAUCUACAUUAAAUUAACACAGGUGUAACCAUAUACACAGCUGAAACCUGCUGCAGGACACUGCAAAAUGGUUCAUUGAUCACAGAUGUUUCUGUACCUGCCUUCUCCACCAAGCAGCCAUGUUUAUUCCAGGCACAAGCCUGACAACAUCCCGAUGGAAGGGUUUUAUGUGCCAGGAUCACUUUGAGGGGAAGCAAUGGGCUGAAGGAAAUGGGGAAUAUGAGUGUAAUUAAGUUGCAUUAAUGAGCUGCGGCAAUUCAUUAAAAAAAACAAACAAAAAACAAUGUCAGUUUUGUUAGCGACAUCUCCCAGCAUGUUAAGUGUCAAGCAGAGAAAGCACUUGUCAGCCAUCCGUGGCUGGUACGUUCCAAGACAGUAAUUCUUUAUUGUCUUGCCUAAUCUGUUUGAGAUAACUUGGCAUUUUUGAGUAAUGUUUUUCAGAAGACUCAAGCUAGAAGCCAUGCUAGGGAAGGGAAAGUGAGAGGGAAGAAUUAAAAAGGAAUAAAAACAUUAAGUGCUAAAUCAAAGACAGAAUGAUGCACCUUUGUCCUGUUCCAAAGGGCCCAGGAAGCAAAAUUCUCUUCUAUAAACCCAGAAGUAUGAGCACUAAGAGAACAUCUUUUGUUUCUGUGCAAUGUCUACUCCAGAUACCCACUGCACCCUAACAUCCUGAGUUCUGCUCAGGUGCAGCUGUGAGUAAAAACCUUGUCUUCUAUAGGUAUUUUCCCUUCUUUUAGCCCACAGAAGCCGCAGCUUCUGACUGAAGAGAACAGACAGCUGACAGUUGCUGCUUUGAUGUUAGCUUCAUCAUUUGUUUUUAACACUCUCAAGCUGACCAAGCCUUGAUGCCACAUUUACUAAUAAAACUGAUCAAAACCCACUUGCCAAAUACUCUGAAGAGACUAACCAUCAAACUAUGCACUUAACAGCAUAUGUCUUGGCUUUAAUUCACACUGGUAAAGAUCAAUUCAGUAAAUACAAGUGUGAUGACCGAGUAGCUCCAUAACUAUCACCAUAUGUUAUGAACAAAUCAAGUAUCUUAAUAGAAAUAAAAUAAAGGUUCAGGUAAGCCUAUAA